AUGCUGAGCUUGGCCAUGCAAAUCACAUUCGAGCAGCAAUGGUCCCCAGAGAAGUCGCCGGUUCCUCGGUCAGUGACCGCACCGCCCCGGCGCCUCGGCCGGUGGCCCUCCUCGAAGUCCCUGACGCGGAUGAGGUCUCCCACGCGCAUCGUGGUGCAGACGCUGCCUCCAGCCCGACUCCAACCACUUGGAAGCGAUACCCCCAAAACUCCCGUCACGGUCGCGCGGCACUACUCGCAGUCGCAGCCGCUUUCUGCCACACUGCCGCUGCAGGUGGUCAUUGCUCACGAGCGUGCCUGUAAGAGUCCAGUCCGUGAGAGCCAUGAGCGUGCAGAGCCGGUGAGGUUCAUCUCCGCAAGUGGGAAUGUUGCGGCUCACGAGCGAGGUCGCAAGAACGUCGGUCGUGAGACUCUUGGAGAGCACGUGGAAACUGUAAGGUUCAUAUCUGCAAGUGGCAGCCAUGCCAGGGAGCUCUCACUGGAGAAGCCUGCCAGGCCUGCUCCCCCUCCACAGUCAGUCCGCCAAGCCACCUACCGAGCAACUUCAUCGGAGAGGCAGCCCAAGACCCCACAAAUGCCUUGCAGAACCUCGCAGCCACGAUACCAAUACUCCCCGCAACCUCGGCAGACACAUCAAGUCAUACAGCCGCAGCAGCCGCAGCAGCCGGCACAGCAGCCGGCGCAGCCGCUGGCGCAGUCUCCGCCGCGGUAUCAACUUCUUGCCCACCAGCAGUCGCCGCAGCCCCGCGUGCAGUACUUCAAUCCGGCAAGCUACGCUCAGACAGCGCCCAUGGUGGUACCACGCCUGCCAGGAACGAAUUUGACUGUUCUUCCUCCGCAGACGGUGGUGUGGCCCGGGCAGCCACGAAGAGAGUGA